AUUCACUGUUCACUCUUGCCCAUCGCACCUUCGAAGUUGCUUCUUGGAGCUGCCGAAGACAUAUUUUGCGGGUCUGCGUGCGCUCCGUGUCGGAAAGUGGCGAAGCUGAAAUCCUAGCCAUCUGUCCAUCGCGUGGCGCCAUGCACUGGUGAGGCUCUCCGCCUCUCCACGUUGCUCUUGUUCGCUCAUAGUUCCAUUCUCUCUCUUUCGAAUCUUCACAACAUGGGUUAUCUAUGAGUCCAGAGCCCACGCGCAUCAGCUUGCAUCCCGCGUAGCCUCUAAUUCAACGGCAAGGCAUGCGGAGCGCCGCUUGUGGAUCUUUUCUCGACGCGGACCACGCCAGCAAGUACAUUGAGUACGCGUCAUUGCCAUCAUGGCUGCGUCCGACAUGGAUGCUGGAAGCGAUGCUGUGGGCGCCUCUAAUCUUGAAUGGAUCUUGCGCCUGACACGCUCACAGCGGGAGGCAGUCACACAUCCCGCCACAGAUUCACUUCAAAUCCUCGCUGGGCCCGGCUCAGGAAAGACGCGUACCCUGACGUGCCGAGUGGCAUGGCUCGUCAAUGUCCAGGGUAUCCGACCUAAGGACAUCAUCGUCGUCACCUUCACAAACAAGUCUGCGAAGGAGAUGAUCGUGCGGCUGCGCCGGAUGAUUGGAGAUGAAAGCACCGAUGCGCUGUUCAUCGGCACGUUCCACAGCGUCGGCGUCAGACUGCUACGUGCCAAUGGAAAACGGAUACCCGGACUCGGCUCAAGUCGAUUCUCUAUUAUAGACGAGGAUGACGCCAUGAGGAUGAUCAAAGAUGCGAUUCAAACUAAGAUCCGGAAGGAUUUCGUGCCAGAAACUUACACGUACCGGCCCCCACCAAAGUUGGUCAAGCAAGACAUAUCGAGCUGGAAGGCAAAGUUCAUUUCGCCUGCCGAGGCGAUGGCCGCUGCUGAAUGCGCCAUAGAGCAGAAAGAUCUCAAGCGGAUCAAGGCCAGAGUAUACGCGGAGUAUGAGGCUGAGAAAAGGCGGCUCAAUUUAUUAGACUUUGAUGACUUGAUCUCAAAAACUAUCGAGUUGCUCCAAGCCGACCCGAGCAUUCUGUCCAACGUGAAGCAUGUCUGCGUGGACGAGUUUCAAGACACGUCCAAAUGUCAGUACGAACUCGUCAAGCUUUUCGCUGCAUCGUGUCGUGCAAUCACCACAGUGGGUGACACAGACCAGGCGAUCUACUCCUGGCGAGACGCAGAUCGGCGGAACAUUGAGCUGAUGAGAAAAGACUUUGGCCUGAAGAACAAGGAUGCAGAAACUGCUAUGGCGGAUCCAUCUGGAAAUGGAGAGGGCAAAAGCAAGGCAAGCGACGAUGCCAAGGCGGAAGAUAUGAGCGUCGAGCUGGAAUCUGAUCCAUCAGGUUCAGGCGGCUGCAGCGUCAUCAACCUCCAAGAGAGCUUCCGCUCAACAGCAUCGAUUCUGAAUAUGGCGCAGCGAAUCAUCGAGCAAGAUCAUACGCGUCCCAUCCGUGUCUUGAAACCUGUGCAUCCCAUGGGGCACGGUGUUACGCUCUUACGUUGUGACUUCGCUGCCGAUGAGGCCAGCCGGAUAGUCAGCGAGAUCAAGCGCCUCAUCGCCCAAUCCGGCAACAUGUUCAAUCAUGACGACUUUGCGAUACUACUACGCACAAACUCGAUGUCACGCCAUAUCGAGUCUGCGCUCAAUGCAGCACAUAUUCCUUACAGAAUGGUCGGCAGUAUCCGCUUCUUUGAGCGCAAGGAGGUGAAGGAUCUCCUGGCGUAUCUCCACCUUGCGGAUAAUCCUCAACACGAUGCUGCGUUCACACGGGCAGUCAACGUGCCGAAGCGUGGCAUUGGCGACAAGAAUCUGCAGCUGAUUAUUGUAGUCGCAAGGAGCAAGGGUAUGACUGCGAUGGUGCUUGCAGAGCAGCUCGCAGCCGGACAUGUUGAGGAUGUUCGCUUCAGGUCUAAUGUGAUCAACAGAUUGCGCGAAUUUGUAUCGCUCGUGCAACGUGUAAGGAAAAUGGCACGCCAGCAAAAACCGGUCUCUUUGAUCAUCAAGUGGUUGGUGCUUGCAUGCGGUUACGACCGCCACAUCGCCAACGAAGACAACGGGGAUAAUAGUAGGAAGAUAAUCCUCGAGCUUGUCAACUUUGCUGCCGACAUGGACGGUAUUCAGCCUCUUUCAGCCAGCGCAAGCAAGGAAAGGAGCUUCGCGGGUAGCCAGGUGCUCCAGGCUUCACAAGGCGCAGCAUCUUCUCUUUCCUCCAGACGAACUGGUCCACCUCGUAAUUUCGAGGAUAGCCAGCUAUUCCAAGAGGACAGUAGCGAAGAUGGCCAGGCGUUCUCUCAGGACAAAAAGUCGCUGGAAGAUAUGCUCAAUGAAUGGGCUGGCUCCAUGGACUUCGGUAAUGAUGGUCCUGAUGCUGAUGAAGAGGAGGAAGUGCUCCAAGGCAAGGCGAACGAUUGUGCUUUGGUCUCUUACGGUGAUUCGGUUGCGGAGCGAGAGCUGGAAAAGCUGCGAACUUUUUUGAAUACCACAAGCAUCACUGACACCGGGGCGAACGAGGAGAACACCCCCAAGGUCACGAUCUCUACUUGUCAUUCUGCUAAAGGGCUCGAAUGGCCUGUUGUCUUUAUCGGGGGCUGUGAGAACGGCAGAUUUCCGCUAGUCGCCUGCACCACUACUAGCGCGAUUUUAGAGGAGCUUCGUCUACUUUACGUGGCGAUGACUCGUGCGCAAACAAUCCUCUAUCUUACGUACUGCACGGUGCGACAAGAAGGAACCUCCGGUAAACCUCUCUCUCUUGAGCUUACGCCCUUCAUCGCGGGUAAAUCCGCCGCGCCACCGCCAGUUCCCUCGAAGAAUACAAAUAAACCUGCCCAGCCCGAGUAUGAAGAAGAUCCGAGCCGUCUCAGAAUGGCGAACCUUGAAGGCCUGUUCAAGAGGCUCCCUCCUCGAAUUGAGCCUGAUCAAGUCAAGGAAAUAGCACAUGUCAUCGAGAGGCAAGCACCCAGCAAAGAAAUCGUGAUCCUGGCCACCGCCGAACACAAGCAGCAUGUCGAAGAAGAGAAGCGAAGGAGAGCCGAACAGCAUGCAGCCCGGUAUGGCUCAUCUGUACCGAUUUUCGGGGCAUCACAGCCAGUGCCGCAGAUCGCGCGCCAACACUGCUCAACCCAGAGCAGCAUGCCGUCACGGGCGUCAACAGCUCCACAUGUGGUCACGCAGCGAUCGGUCGACACCGCAAUGUUGCUGCAUGGCCUGCCUCCAGGAACAGAGGUCAUGAUGCGCCGAAAGCCCAACCAUGUCAAAGCUGCGCCUACCUUCACAAACGCGGUGCGGUUGCAAGCACGACCUGAAGAUCUCAUCAGCCUCGUCAGGCCAGACGGAACUGCCCCUCGGCCUGCUGCAAAUCUUGCCAGCUUUCAGAGCGAUAGCAACAGCAGUGUACGUGAGCUGCUUAGCCUCUUACCCGCGGACGACGCGUCUAUGCAACGCCUGCUCACAGAAGCCACACAGAGCGGUGCACGUACAGAUGGUAAACGAUCUGCAGCCCUGAGGCUCAGCCAAGCUCGCGGGGGGAAGAAGGUGAAGAGUGAACCCCAAUGAAAGCAAGUGCAAAUGUGGAAAUACUAUAUAUAUAUAUAUAUUGGUCUCGAGCACAGACCGUGGACAAUGUUGGAUCAUUAAUGGACUUUGUCGCAU